AUGGAUGAAAGCUUGAUCAAUGCAGCUAAGGCAGGAGAUAGAAGCCACCUAUAUGAAUUACUUAGGCAAAAUGCAUUUAUUCUUGAAGUCUUCGAUCAAAUCCCUUUUGUUGAUACUCCUUUGCAUGUUGCCAUAUUAGCUGGCCAAACCCAUUUUGUGGUGGAAGUGAUAAACCUAAAGCCUUCAUUUACUAAGAAGCUAAACCAGGAUGGGUUUAGUCCUUUGCACUUGGCUGUUGCAAAUGGACACUUUGAAAUUGUGAGAGAGUUAUUGAGGAUAGACCAAAAUCUAUGCUUUUUAAGGGGAAGAGAUGACAAAAUUCCUCUUCAUUGCGCAAUAGAGAAUGGCAAAAUGGAUGUACUAGAUUUAUUGAUCUCUACAUGCCCAAAUUCUGUCACAGAGCUGAGUAUUGGGGGAGAAACAAUUCUUCAUAGAGCAAUGAAGAAUGGUAGGGUGGAAACCUUCAAGGCACUAGUGGAACGGCUUCCGACACUUAAGAUGACUAACAUUCUAGGUUGGAAAGACCAAGAAGGAAACACAAUCUUGCACGUUGCAAUUUCAUUGAGACAGCUUGAGAUGAUGGAGUUUUUAUUAUUGGGUCCUUGCCGCAAGAGUGUUAGGAAGGUAGCAAACGUCACAAAUGUGAGAGGUCUUACAGCCUUUGAUAUCUUUAGAGAGCUUGAUACAAGUCAUGAAGUUGAAAGAAAUGAUCGUCUGCGGUUGCGGAAGAUUGGAGAUAUCCUUAGCAGUGCUAGUGGACCUAAGAGAUGUAGAUGUAUUCUUGCAUCCGCAUGUUUUUGUUGUUGUGGUGGUUGUAAUCUCAUGCGAUGUGUGACCAAGAAAUUCAAGGUGAAUAAAGGUACCCCGACGACCUCCUCGUCUGGCGGCGCCACCGCGACAGACAACAUCUCAGCAUUCAUUGAAUUGGUUAAGGCUGCUAACUAUGCAGCAUUUACCUUGUCCUUCAUACUAAUUUAUAACCUCACAAAUGGAUUUCCCUUGCGCAUCCCAGUACGAAUGGCCUUGAUAUUUAUGUUAUGGGUCAUCAGUAAGGUUGAAUCCAGAACCAGGAUAUGA